AUGGAGAAGGACCGUCAAGCUGUGCCCUCUCGGGCCAGCGCCAUCCCUCGCGUCUCCCGACUUCCCGUCCCGAGGACGGCCUCCCUCCGUCCUACAGCCUCACGAGAGAGCUUAAAUGCUCCGGAGCCCUCGAUUCCUGCCCCCAGAAUCCGACCGGCCCCCUCGAGGGAACGGUUGAGCACCGCGAGCUCCCCUACGACUUCGACUACUGCCCGGAGGACGAAACCAGCUGCGAAUAACCAACCCCAGUUGCGACAGGAGAGGUCAAGGCCUAACCUCCGCACGGCGACGUCCAAUUCGCGAUUGAAUCAGCAACAGCCACCGGCCAAAAAGCCCACCGCCGACCCUGGGAAGCGACAGAGCACAAGGGCUGCUAGUGCCACUUUGACUCGACAGCCGGGAAAGGAGACCGCUACUCCUGCCGCUACCACCACCACCAAGAGAUACAGUGCCGUCCAGCCACGACGAACUGGCGAAGGCUUUGUUUCAGCCGCUACUCUGGCACGGCAGGAUCGCACACUUGCUGCUACGAGGCGGGUUAGCCGACCCUCCACUACUACUUUGGAUGAUGUCCCCAAUUUCGAGACACCACCUCGCCGCAAGGCAUCGCGCCCUUCCCUAUCCGAGCGAACCAUUGAGACCUUGUCUCAGAUCCCGUCGUCCCCUGCCCUGAGCAAGCGACCCUCUGCUUUCUUCGAUAAGGAACGCACGCCACAAUCGCGAUCGAGAGCGUCUAGUAAUGCCUCGCGGCCCGGUUCGAGUUACAACUCUGAUGGCUCGCGGAGACCCGGCUCUCGAGGGGCUAGUCGCCCAAGCUCGAGUUCCGGUGGAGAGGAUAGCUAUCAGAACUUGACCCCGGCAGAGGCGCAGCUCCGGACUGCGACGAAUACAUACAAGGGGCCUCUCCCGACUAUUGACGCCACGCCCAUCAGGGCCCCCAAGCCACGAGCUAGCAUCCGUUCGCUACGGGGACAAGCCAUGCGGUCUCCCUCGAGCCCACUUACACAGGGAGCUCCGACGCUGGAGUCACCCCGUGCGGCUGAGCAGGAGAGGAGUCCAAGUCCCACGAAACAUUCUAUGCCGAGCCAGAUGCUAUCACCCACUGGGACUCUAGCGUCGAAGCCCCUGAGAUUGAAGCCGUCUUCGAGCUUGCUCGUCAAAAAGUCCCCCAGCGGAGCGGCACGAGGCGCUGGACCUUCAGUUGCUCCCCGCAAGGUAUCCACUACUCCUAACAAGCCCAUUAGGGCCACGUCAGCCAUACCUCCCCCCAACCCCGACCCCGAACCCGCACCCAGCCCUAGCGCCGAAAGGAGUAGGAAAUCUUCGGCUGCUCUGCGUGACCAGAUCGCCAAAGCCCGCGCCGCGGCCAAGAAGCAACAGAAUGUCGUCAAGGAACCAGAGGUCGUGGCCGAGCAUGAAGAAGACGGCCAUCAACAAUCCCCCGUGAACGCUAUCCAGCACGGCUUCGAUUUUGGCUUCGAACCCGUGUUGACGGAUGACCCCUUCAAUCAGAAGCGAUCCGAUCGAUCCCAGGCCAAGAUUCUACAGCAACGCGCCGAGGCCGGUCGUACGAGCGGCAGACUCAAUAUCGCGGCUCUAGGACUGAAGGAGAUUCCCCAGGAGGUCAUGAAGAUGUAUGACCUCGAGUCUGUUGGAACCCACGGCGGAAAUUGGGCCGAGAGCAUGGACCUGACUCGAUUCGUUGCUGCUGAUAAUGAGUUUGAGACUAUCGCCGAUGCGGCGUUCCCGGAUGUCGAUCCGGAGAACCUUGCCGAGAGUGAUGAGGAAGGGUCGGGCAACAUUUUUGGAGGGUUGGAGAUGAUUGAUUUGCAUGGGAAUAAACUGAUUGCUCUGCCUCUUGGAUUGCGCCGGCUCAGUAUGCUGACCUCUUUAAAUCUGUCUCAAAACUUGCUCCCUAUGGACAGCUUGGAGGUGGUCUCGCAGGUUUCUGCACUACGUGACCUCAAGCUCGCGAACAACAACCUCGAGGGCGCCCUACCUCCCAGUUUCUCGAAUCUCGAACACCUCGAGAUUCUCGAUCUCCGCGGCAACAAGGUCUCCGAGCUUCCCGCCGACAUGGACAGGGUAUCACGUCUGCGCAUCCUCAAUAUUGCAGAGAACGCUUUCGUAGCUCUCCCAUUUGAAAUCCUCGCCAAACUUCCCUUGACGGAGCUCGUGGCGCGAGGCAACAAACUCGCCGGAACUUUGAUCGACGCCGAUGUGGCCGUCUUGUCCAGCCUUCAGACCCUAGACGUGUCGUCGAACCAGCUUACUCGGAUCGUCGCGCCGGGCCGAUCCAUCGGAUUGCCGGCGCUGCACCAGCUUACGCUGUCGAUGAACCGCUUGCAAGGGCUGCCCGACGUCAGCUCCUGGAACAGCCUUGUUACGCUCUCUGCCGAUGAGAAUAGCAUUUCCGAGAUUCCCGAGGGCUUCACCUCGCUGGAUAGGCUUCGACACGUCGACUUCUCGAGCAACGACAUUCGCGUGAUUCCGCCAGAGGUUGCUCGCAUGGAUAACCUUGCUAUGCUCCGCAUUACCGGCAAUCCUUUAAGGGACAGGAAGUUUAGUUCGAUCACCACAGACGAGCUUAAGGACAUCCUCUCUGCUCGACUGGAACCGCCACCGCCGUAUCAUGAAGGCGAUGCGGAGACUGUUGUUGAUGCGCACUUCGAAGAGACCAAGGCGGCGGAACCCGCUGUGGUGGCCAACAUUCCUCAGUCGGUUCCGGCUCCCGCCUCGACUCCGGCUCCUGCCAGACCCGGCCGGCCUGGUAGCGACGAGGAGAGUCGAUCAUCUGACUUUGACGAGUUUGCCACGCCACCAACUUCGGCACCUCACUCGCCGACCAGGUCUCGCGCCCGCACCCUCUCCAACCAGGUGAGGUGCCGUGCUCAGACUCUGUCCAACCAGACGUGGCCCGUCAAGGUGGGCGGACUACUCGACCGAUCCAGCACCAGCUCGUCGACUCUCCACCCCGUCGUGUGCUCCAAGGUGGCGGCGGAGCACCGGAUCAACGAGGUGCAGCUCCACCAUAACCUCUUUGCCACGCUACCCGAGGGCCUGUCCUUCUUCGCCGACACGCUCACGGCGCUCUCCCUAGCGCACAACCAGCUCGUCGGUGAGACGUACAUGUCCGAAUCCCUCGAGCUCCCUUCCCUCCGCGAACUCAACCUCGCAUCGAACCACAUCACUUCCCUGACCCCGCUAACAUCGCACCUCAACGCGCCCGAGCUCGAGAAGCUCGACGUCUCGCUCAAUCGCGUCGCCGCCCUCCCCUCCGAAAGCCUGCGCGGCUUCUUUCCCAAGCUCGCCGUCCUCCUCGUGGCCAACAACCACCUCAUCGAGCUCGACCCCGAGGCCAUCCGGGGCUUGAGAAUCGUCGACGCGAGCAACAACGACAUUGCGCAUCUAAACCCUCGCAUCGGAUUGCUCGGCGGCCCUGGGGGAAUCGAGAGGCUCGAUGUUAUGGGAAACCGGUUCCGGGUGCCGAGGUUUAGCGUUUUGGAGAGGGGGACGGAGGCGACGCUGAGGUGGUUGAGGGGGAGGGUUCCCGCUGGGGAGGCGGCUGCUUGGAGGCAGAGGGUGGGAGGGGGUGAUGCGGAAGAAUUGGAGGAAUUGGAUUAG